AUGGAGGCCGACCCGAAAGCCGGCGAAGCGGCGCCGACCGUGCAGGACUUCCCUCUGUAUCUCGACCUCGGUAGUGGACUCACUGCCAAGCUCGAGGAACACGACUACGCCGUCCUCGUAGACCAUAGGCUAGAGUUCAACGCCCGUUGCUUGGGAUUCGGCAUCAACAUCGCACCGCUUCCAGGAGCACAUUGCAGCAUCGUUGUCAUCCUGUACCCCGGCGACCUGUUGAAGGGUGGGGGGGAGAAGAUCAGGACCUCGAUCCGGCACUUUGAGCCGCAGACCGUGAAGCAGUGGCACCGCGACGAGGCAAUCCGCAUGCUGAAGUUUUUCCGGGCGGCGGUCCUGGCCGAGCUUGGGUGCGAUGGUAGGAAGUGGGAGUGGGCGAAGCCUUCCGAUGAAGAGGUGGAGGACAGGCUCGCCGACUGCGAUCAACCCGUUCGAGAUAAAUUGCCCGACGCCGUCCGGGACGGGGACGCGGGCUCCGGCCUGCUAGCAAUGAGCGCGUUGUGCUGGGUGGUGAGGAGGAUGGAUCUCCUGACCGGCGCCCUCCGUCGCAGUGUGACCAGCAUGGACAAGGUCAACGUUUCGGGGUUGAAGGGGCUGCGGAAUGGGAUGAUAACAUUCGUCAAGGAGCACGUCGCUCUCAAACGGUCGGACCAUGUCGGAGUUGCUGCCGACGCCUGUGACGACGACGGCGAGGAGGCCCCUUUGGCAUCCACAGCAAUAGGUGUCGCCUACACCGUCGAUGAUGCGCGUGGGACUUCUAUCGGAGAGCCCGGAGGCGGCGUCGACAAGGAAGAUGAGGAGGCGGGAAGGGCGGUGACUGGGACCGCGGAGAAGAACCAGGAGGAUAACGAGGAUCAGGAAGAGGACCAUAAGGAUCGUGAGGAGGAGGAGGAGGAGGAGGAGGAGGAGGAGGAGGAGGAGGAGGAGGAGGAGGAGGAGGAGGAGGAGGAGGAGGAGGAGGCGGAGGAGGCGGAGGAGGCGGAGAAGCAGCAAGAGGGGGAGCAGGAGGAAGAGGUCGAGUGGGAGUUGGAGGAAAUGGAUGUGGAGUACGUAGAGGGAGCGGCGGAAACGGCUGGGAGGUCGGCAGAUGUUGUGAACAAGGGAGGGGAGGAUGCCGACGAGGAGAAAGUCGGCGUGGAGGAGGCUCACGGGGGGGGUGAGAAGGUCGUGGUCGGCGAUGUGGAUGGCGACGCGAAGGAAGUUAUCGACCUCGAGGUCGUUGGAGAAGGGGAUAAUGCCGCGGCCACGAAGCAGACGGGCGUGGAAGCGCCUACCGAGACCACCGCAGGGAAGGCCGGGGGGGAGCGGUCUAGGGUGAAGAAGGCGGCGCGCGGUCAUCCCGGUUCCUCCGCAUCUGGUCGGCAGGCACCGCUGGACGUCAUCGAGCAGCUGCGACAGGAGAACAGGCGAUUGACGGCAGAAAAUGCCCGUAUGGAGAAGGCGCUCGAAGAUGAAAGGGGUCGGGUGGACAGGUUUGUGUUGGGGAUGCGGCGACCAGGUCGCCGUCUCCGACCAUAA